AAUUUAGUAUACUAAUAGUCAUUAAUAAAUAAAUAUUAAUUAAUAAACUCAUUUCAUUUUUUCGUGAAAAUAUAACCUUAGGAGAAAGAAGAACCAAUACUAUAGAAGUAUAAGCCUUUGGUCAAAAAAUAUUUGUGUCUAUUCACAAGACAAAGCGCGAAUCGUAAUUCAUAAUAUUUCUAUUUUUAAAGGGUUAUUCUAAUAGAAAUUAUGCUUUAUGGAGUUGAGCAUAUUAUUCUAUUUUUUUUUUGAAUUGCUUUAUUCUGCAGGAGAAAAUGCUAGUCACAAUAUAUAGUUCAACGAACUAAGUCAAUGAGUCAUAAAGAUAUAUAAUAUUUUUUAUAUAAAAAAAGUAAAAAAAAAGAUAUAGAUAAAAAAGUAGACAAAUAAGACGUAUUAUUUUAUAUAGAGUAGUGAGGAAUUAUGGGACAAAAAAUACAUCCGCUUGGUUUCAGACUUGGUACAACUCAAAAUCAUGAUUCUAUUUGGUUUGCACAACCAAGAAAUUAUUCCGAGAAUCUAAAAGAAGAUAAAAUAAUACAAGAUUGUAUCAAGAAUUAUAUACAAAAAACCCCCGGUGUCGAGGGAAUUGGACGAAUAAAGAUUAAAAAAACAAUCGAUCAGAUUCAAGUCAUAAUCUAUAUGGUACUACCAACGUUAUUAACGGAGGGUAAGCCUCGAAGAAUCGAAGAAUUACAGACUAAUGUACAAAAAAAACUUAAUUGUGUGACCCGAAAAAUUAACAUUACAAGUACAAGAAUUCCAAAUGCUUAUAGCGACCCUAAUAUUCUUGCAGAAUUUAUAGCUGGACAAUUAAAGAAUAGAAUUUCGUUUAGGAAAGCAAUCAAAAAAGCUAUUGAAUUAGCUGAACAGGCAGGUACAAAAGGAGUUCAAGUACAAAUUGCGGGACGUAUCGACGGAAAAGAAAUUGCACGUGUCGAAUGGAUUAGAGAAGGUAGGGUUCCUCUACAAACCAUUCGAGCUAAAAUUGAUUAUUGUUCCUAUCCAGUUCGAACUAUUUAUGGGGUAUUAGGAAUCAAAGUUUGGAUAUUUCUAAACAACGACUAAUUUACUUUUCCUUAUUUUUAGCGUUCCAUCUUUUGAUAAAAGAAAAAAUGACGAAUUCUUAUUCCCAAAAACGAAAUGACAAAUUUUAUAAAAUUGA